AUGGCUACCGAAGAUGCCCGUUGUCCGCGAUGCGAGAGAAGACGAAUACCGCCGCUGGGAGGGAGAAUCGCCGAACGCCUCUCUUCCCUCCCCAAUUCCAACACCUCCGCCCCUACGUCGAACGCGAACACGCCUGACCCCGAUGGAACCUCUACUCCCACGCUCCCCGUGUUUCUCACAGCGCCCGAGGAGGCCCAACUCGUCACCUUCUUCACAUCGGAGCUUCUGAGGGCCGGAGACCACGCCGAGAUGACAGACGAGAUCAAGGCCACCGCUGCGGCCUUCUUCCGGAGAUUCUAUGUUACAAACAGCAUCAUGACAUAUCCGCCGCAGGAGAUGCUAAUUGUCGCCCUGUUCUUUGGGUGCAAGGCGGAAGGGUCCUUUGUGAGCAUUACCGACUUUGUUAAGACAUUUGGGAGGGAGAAUCCAGAAGAAAUUCUGGCUGGCGAGUUUUUGCUCUGUCAGGGUCUCCGGUUCGCCAUCGACGUGAAGCACCCGUUCCGGGCCCUUCGCGGUGCCCUGAUGGAGCUCGCCUCGCUCCCUGACAUUGACCGUGCCCGGCUCGGCGCCGCAGAAACCCGCGCCCGCGAAAUCCUACGCUUCAGCCCACUCAUCACCGACGCCUACUUCCACUACACACCGAGCCAGAUCAUGAUGGCCGCUCUCUCCCUCGCCGACCGCGGUCUGGCUGAGCGCCUAAUAACCCAAACCUUCCACCACAUCGCCCCGCCCACCGAUUCCGGCGCCGACACACCAGCGGCUUCCGGCACCGACGGCGGUCCCUCGAAGGAAUCCGCGCCCCGCAGUGAAGACAAGGCACAAAUAAUCGGGUCCGUGGCCCGCGACAAGGUUCUCGGCACGAUCGAGGCAUGCCGGGACUUGCUCUCACGAGAGCUGCCCGAGCGGAGGGAACACUGGACAAAUCGCGCCGUAAUAAAAGCGCAAAUCACCCCCCUCCGCAAAAAACUCAACAAAUGCCGCGACCCCGAACGGUGGAACCUCGUCGAACUCCAGCGCGCGCGGCGCGAGCAGGCGGCCAAGAAAUCCGACUCGGAGGACGGCGACCCCGACGAACGCGGCGACAAGAAUAACAACAACGCUAACAGCGACGCCGCCGUAUUUGGGGACGCGCUGCCGCGGGAUCCUAAAAGGAGGCGUGUGUUGGGCGAGGGGCAGAAGGGCAAGGGGCUGGAUGAUCCGUUUGGCGGGCCGUUGUGA